GCGGGGAGGGCGGACAAGGCUAGGGCUGUGUGACGUCAUAUUUACACAGCUCGCCCCAUGCCUCAUGUAGCCGGGACACACACACACACAUACACAGACACAGACAACACAGACAUACAUCCUUCUCGCUGACACGUUGUCAUUUCAGUGUGAAGACGUCUCUGUACCAGGUCGAGCGCUCCACGCGACUGGCUCUGUGCUGAUACUGACUCUCCGCGCGAGGCUGUGUUUCAUGCUGUGUUUGUCUACUGAUUGAAGAACGGGAUCAGCGCUAUACUGCGCCUUCUGUAGGCUUUCCCUCCUUGCAUGGUGGUCCUGUCCCCCAAAACAAGGGGCUGACACGUCGCCUGGGGUUACUGCGCUGGCGACGUUCAUACGUUCUCGUCACUGCGGCUGAAGAUGCCGGCGGCACCAGAUUUCCACUCAGCAUUAAGUUGAGGAUUCUGAGAAUACCUGGAGUUUAUGCUGCAGGUGCAUUCAGCAGACCCGAUCUGUCUUUACUUCCCAGGACGCCACGCACCCACGCACGCGCGCAUAACGUAAAGUGACAGGGUGCUCUCUUCAUGCGGCGCGUGGGAGGCGGAAUGGCGCCGCGCCUCUUGCAGAUUCUUGCCUAUGUACUUGGGUCGCGCGGUGAAAAAUAACGGCACCCCGUUAUAGGACUACACAUCCACUAGCGUCAGAGCCGCAUGGCAGGGCCACUAAGAGCCAGCCCUUCUGACUUCGAGGAAUCCCGAGCUGAUGGGUAGAUGUUCAAAAACGACACCGCCCGAGGACAAAGGUCACUAUAGGUGAGCCACUGAUCAUGCACUGCUAUUGUUUUCUCACGAGCCUGUCUGUUCCAGGCGCACGCCUGACUCACUGCGGAGUCAAAACCCCACUCGCUGCACUGAACAUGUUUAAUUAGCCCCUACUCGCAUCCGCAUACCUACAUACGCACACAUACCUAGUCACAGAGAAUAGUAUAGAGUGCGGGAACUAUGGAAUUAUCCGAAGUCCGGUGUUCCAGCGAGAGCGAGGAGCUGUACACUAUCAACAAAACCCCCACGAAUAACAGUGGCGGGAGACCGAAGCGGCUGCUGUGGCAGAACGCAGUGCGCCACAUCACCGAACAGCGAUUCAUCCACGAACACAACAACCCCAAGGUCGCUUCUGCGGAUGAAACACCAGGACAGGACUUGCGCAAACAGUCUACUGGGAGGACAUCUGUGAGCGAGCGGCACAACAACUGCGGCACGAAAGUGUUCCCGGAGCGCUCGAGUAGUGACCUGGGCUUCCUGCAACUCGACUGCCCGCCCAGCAACUCGGACUUCUUCGUGAGCUGGGGCUGCGCGUACCGGGGCGUGAUAUUCCCCACCCUGCGUUACGCGUUCAAAUCGCGCGAACUCGAGCGCCUGUACCAGCGCUAUUUCUUGGGUCAGCGGCGCAAAUCUGUUGCGGUGAUGAACGUCCUGGACGUGGUGACCAAGCUGACGCUCCUCGUGCUGCACCUGACUCUUGGCGCCACGCCCGUGGAUCCAAUAAAGGGCGCACUGCUCGGCUUCUUUGCCGGCGUCGAGGUGGUGAUUUGUGCGCUGGUCGUGGUGCGUAAGGACGCGAGCUCUCACGGCUACCUGCAGUACAGCGGCGCUGUUACGUGGGCGGCUAUGGCCACGCAGAUCCUGGCCACGGGACUUGGCUACGGGCUGCUUGGAGACGGUGUGGGCUACGUGCUCUUCACGCUCUUCGCGACCUACAGCAUGUUGCCGCUGCCGCUCACGUGGGCCAUCGUGGCGGGAGUGCUGACCUCCGCGCUGCACAUAGCACUCCAGCUGCUCGUGGCGCCCCAUGUGCAGCUUUCUACCAAUCAGCUCUGUGCCCAGGUGUUGUUGUUCCUGUGUAUGAACACUGCGGGUGUGUUUAUCAGUUACCUGGCAGACCGUGCUCAACGGCAGGCCUUUUUGGAGACACGCAGGUGCAUUGAAGCUCGCCUCCGCCUGGAGACUGAGAAUCAGAGACAGGAGCGUCUGGUGUUGUCAGUGUUGCCACGGUUCGUGGUUCUGGAGAUGAUUAAUGACAUGAGUAAUGUAGAAGACGAGAAUCUCCAGCAUCAAUUUCACCGCAUUUACAUCCACCGCUAUGAGAACGUCAGUAUUCUUUUUGCUGAUGUGAAAGGAUUCACAAACCUGUCUACCACCCUCUCGGCUCAAGAGCUCGUCCGGAUGCUCAACGAGCUCUUUGCCCGCUUUGAUCGUCUCGCACAUGAACACCACUGUUUGAGGAUAAAGAUUCUUGGAGAUUGUUAUUACUGUGUCUCAGGCCUUCCUGAACCCAGACCAGAUCAUGCCCACUGCUGUGUUGAAAUGGGUCUCAGCAUGAUCAAAACUAUCAGGUAUGUGCGAUCACGUACGAAGCACGACAUCGACAUGCGCAUUGGUAUUCACUCUGGCUCAGUCUUAUGCGGGGUUCUGGGACUGAGGAAGUGGCAGUUUGAUGUCUGGUCCUGGGAUGUCGAUAUCGCCAAUAAACUUGAGUCUGGAGGCAUACCAGGGCGGAUCCACAUCUCUAAAGCAGCACUGGACUGUCUAAAUGGAGACUAUGAAGUUGAGGCAGGCCACGGCAAAGACCGGAACGAUUUCUUGCGGCGACACAACAUCGAGACGUUCCUGAUCAAGCAGCCUGAGGAAAGCCUCCUCACACUACCUGAGGAUAUCAUGAAGGAGGCCACCAACCAAUCAGAUCACAGAGCAUCCACCACCACAUUUACUGAGGGCACAUGGAGUCCAGAACUACCAUUCCACAAUAUAGUGGGCAAGCAGAAUACGUUGGCUGCUCUCACUCGUCACUCCAUAAACCUGCUCCCCAACCAUCUGGCCCAGGCGCUGCAUGUGCGCGCCGGCUCGCAGGAAAUUAACGCGCGCAUGCAGAGCACCAUCGCACUGCGCAGCGGAGACAAACUCCGACGACAGCACAUCAUCCCUUUCUCUCUCACGUUUAGAGAAGCCGUCCUGGAGCACAAGUACUCCCAAAUGAGGGAUGAAGUGUUUAAAUCUAAUCUGGUAUGUGCCUUUAUUGUGCUCCUGUUCAUCACAGCAAUCCAGAGCCUACUGCCAUCUGCAAGGAUGCUGACCAUGGUGAUCCAGUUUUCUGUACUUAUCUUGCUGCACUGCUGUCUGGUUGUCGUGACGACAGCAGAGGACUACAAGUGUCUGCCGUUAGUGUUGCGCAAGGCGUGCUGCUGGGUGAAUGAGACGUACACAGCGCGAAACGUUAUCAUCCUCCUCUCCAUCCUCAUCAACUUUCUGGCAGCCAUUAUCAACAUUUUAUGGUGUAAUGUUGAUAAAUCAAUUUGGGAUGUAUUCAGGAACGGCACAUUCGAUGCUUCAGCUUCGAUUCCCGGCUGUCUCUACCCAGAGUACUUCGUGUUUACGGGCGUGUUGGCCAUGGUGACGUGUGCUGUGUUCCUGCGCUUAAACUCUGUCCUUAAACUGGCCAUCCUGCUGCUAAUGAUCGCCAUCUACUCACUGCUGACCGAAGCUUUCUAUCACUCACUGUUCACCCGAUAUGACACCAUCACUGAGUAUGAUGGCUUCACCAAUCAGAGCGAAUGUUUCCUGGGAACCAAGAGAACAUCUUUACUGCUGAUGGCAAUGUUCCUUUUAGCUGUAUUUUAUCAUGGACAACAGCUGGAAUACACAGCGCGAUUGGACUUUCUGUGGCGAGUACAGGCGAAGGAGGAGAUCAACGAAAUGCGGGAGCUGCGGGAGCAUAAUGAGAAUAUGCUGCGCAACAUUCUGCCCAGCCAUGUUGCACGCCACUUUCUGGAGAAGGACAGAGACAAUGAGGAGCUCUAUUCUCAGUCCUAUGAUUCUGUCGGAGUGAUGUUCGCCUCUAUUCCUGGCUUUGCCGAUUUCUAUUCCCAGACUGAAAUGAACAAUCAAGGAGUUGAAUGCUUGCGGCUGUUAAACGAGAUCAUCGCCGACUUUGAUGAGCUGUUGGGCGAAGAACGUUUUCAAGACAUUGAGAAGAUUAAAACCAUCGGCAGUACAUACAUGGCCGUGUCUGGCUUAUCACCCGAAAAACAGCAAUGUGAAGAUAAAUGGGGUCACCUCUGUGCUCUGGCUGACUUUGCCAUUGCUCUAAACGAGAGCAUACAAGAGAUCAACAAACACUCCUUUAACAAUUUCCAACUCCGAAUUGGAAUGGCUCAUGGCUCUGUGGUAGCAGGUGUGAUUGGUGCUAAAAAGCCUCAGUAUGAUAUCUGGGGGAAAACAGUGAACCUGGCGAGUCGCAUGGACAGCACAGGUGUGAGUGGAAAAAUCCAGGUCCCAGAGGAAACGUACAGCAUCCUGACAGAGCGUGGCUUUGCUUUUGAAUACCGUGGUGAGAUCUAUGUGAAGGGCAUCAGCGAGCAGGAGGGCAAAAUCCGAACACACUUCCUUCUUGGCCGUGUGCAACCCAACCCACUCAUCCUGCAGCCUCGCAAGCUUACAGGCCAGUACUCGCUCGCCGCUGUGGUGCUUGGCCUUGUCCAGUCACUUAACCGCCAAAAGCAGAAGCAGAUCCUCAACGAGAACAACAACUCAGGCAUCAUGAAGGGCCACUAUAACCGCAGGACCCUGCUGGCGCCCACAGGGCCUGAUGCCAGCCAUGCUGAGAUGGCCACGGACAAGAAUGAACUGGCCUAAUGACUCCCACUUUAUUUAUUUAUUUUUUAAUGACUUAAAAUUAUGGAAGAAAAAAACAAUACUGAGCCAACAUAGUGAUGGCCUGAGGAUAAAGUCUGAACAAAGCACCACAACGCCUGACUUAAGGACUGAGCUGCCCCAAAGACUGAUAAACUGCCUGCGUGUCUGUAUUGCUGUUUCUUUUUUUAGUAUUUCUUUUGUAUUUCAAACACAUUAAAGGGGUUUAAUUUUUUAUAAA